AUGAAAUGCCAUAAUAAAGUAUGGUAUUUUUGUAGAAAAAAUAUAUUUACACUUCAAGGUAGAUGCCAACGCUGGAUUCCGGUCUUUCUUGUAAUAUUUACAAUUAUUGCAUCUUAUCUUAUAUUUAAUUUUUUGAUUUUAGAAGUUGUUACAAAAACAUAUAUUAGAAAACAAAUUGACAUUGUCUUUGUAUCAUUCUUUUUUAUUAUGUAUUUAUGGAGUUUUUUUCAAGCAGUGAUUACAAAAAAUAAAGAAAUACCAAAAAUAUAUAAAUUUUCUUCAGAAGUUAAUGAGUUAUAUCAAAUAUCAUCUACACCAAUAAAUUUUGAUGAAAUAACUACAGAACAUGUACUUCACCAUGAUUUACCAAUAUAUAAUAGACUUGGAAAUGGUGGUUUUCGGUAUUGUUAUCGAUGUAUGAUAGUUAAACCAGAUCGAACUCAUCAUUGUUCUAACUGUAAUAAAUGUAUUAUUAAGUUUGAUCAUCAUUGUCCAUGGAUUAAUAAUUGUGUUAUGUUUACAAAUUACAAAUAUUUUCUUCUAUUUCUUAUUUAUGGAACAUUACUUCAUUUAUCUUUAACUGUCAAUAACAUUGAAAGUAUUAUAGAUUUUGCUUCUAAUAAUGGAACUAUCAUAUAUAGACAUGUCCAUUCUACUAUAAUUAUAUGCUUUGUAAUUAAUUUUAUUCUUAAUUUUGGAAGUUUAGGAGCUAUUUUAAGCAUGUUACUAUGGCAUUUAACAUUAGUUGGUAGAAAUUUAACUACAAAUGAGUCAUAUAGACCACCAUUAUUUACCUAUGGAAUUGAUAAAAAAGCAUAUAAUAUUUCAUUAAAAUAUAAUUUUAGUGAAGUUUUUGGAUCUAAGAUGUUACUUUGGUUUCUUCCUAUUUGGUCAUCAAAAGGUGAUGGUAUAACUUUUAAACAAAAAGUAUACUUUACUGAUGAUAAAAGUAACGUUGAGAAGAAAAAUAAAAAAGAAGAAAAUAAUUUAACCAGUAACUCAACGAUUACCCUUGAUUCAUCAAAUAAUAUUGAUUAUAAAUGUUUAAAAGAAAAAAAAAUUGAUAACAGGAUUGAAAAUAUGGAAUGUGAUGAAACUCAAAGUACAUCGUAUAUCAGUGAAAACAUAACGAAAGUUACCUCAAACAAUAAGAAUAGGAGCACUCAGAUUUAG